GGGCCCUCUCCUGCUAUGAAGUUCCUGCUGUUGACUUUGGCUGCGCUGCUGCUCUUGUCUCAGCUUACUCCAGGUGAUUCCCAGAGAUGCUGGAAUCUUCAUGGCAAGUGCCGCCACAGAUGCUCCAGAAAGGAGAGCGUCUAUGUCUUCUGCACAAACGGGAAGGUGUGCUGCGUGAAGCCCAAGUACCAACCCAAACCAAAGCCAUGGUUAUUUUAAGUGCCUAGAAACCUGAAGCCAGGAAAAUGUAAGCAAUGAAGCUGUCCUAAUGUGACCCCAAUGGAUUCUUGAGCUCUGUCAAUAAAACCUAUGGCCAAUCCCA